GUAAUGAAGAAAAAAAUAAUCAAAAACCAGAAAAGCAAUUUCGAGAUGGAAGAGAGGAUUUUAAAGAUUCUCCUUAUCCGAGCGACAAAAAUUCUCCUAAAAAGGAAAAAGUAGAAGUCAAAGAAAAAUUGAAAAAAUUAAAUCAAGCCAAAAUUAGUAAUGACAAGAAGGAACUGGUAAAUGCUCUUAAAGAAACUCAAAAUACUACUCAAAACAGUUCUGAUGAAGACUUAAAAAAACAGAAAGAGCAAAUCGAGAAUAGAUUAGGUCAAGUUGACCAAGAAAAAUUAAGAAGGAUUAUUAAAGAAGAAUUAACUGAACUUAAUAAUAGCCAGUUAAAACCCGAGAAGGUCAAAAACAUUCAUACUGAAGUUUUAAAUAAGGCAGGAGUGAUAACUUUAGAGAAAUUAAUUGCUGAAGUCCAGCAAACCAUAAAAUUAAAUAACCAAAAAUCAAUAAAAUCUAAGGUUAAAAAAUUAAAAAUCUUUGUCGAAAACACCGCUAAUGAAUAUGCUCAAAAUGCUUAUCAGCAAAAAAAAGAG